AUGGUUCAUAAAAGCCUCCCCUCACUGAUCAGAUUGCUGGUGCUGAUGCUUGCAGUUACAAAUUUAGCCCAUGGAAAUCACAUAAAAAACAAGAAGGAACGCACAAAGAGAAUGAGUGACAACUGCUCAUCCCAAUUGGCAGUCCAACAGGAUAACAAACUACCGGAGAGUGUGAGGGUUAACAUACAUAUUGUUCACACAGAACCAGCCCACAAGUUGCUGCCUGAUGUCAGGAACAGAUCUCUCUCUCCAUGGAAUUACAGUAUUAACGAGGAUCCCAACAGGUUUCCCCACGUGAUUUAUGAAGCUAGCUGCCGCUAUUCUGCCUGUCUGGACCCCAAAGGGCGGAUUUUAAAUUACAGCUUGAACUCUGUUCCCAUUCAACAAGAGAUAUUGGUCCUCAAGCGGAGGCUGAUGGGUUGCCAGCAAGCCUACUGGUUGGAGAAACAGAUGGUUACUGUUGGUUGCACCUGUGUCAGUGCUAGUACCAACGCCUAUUCUAAGAAGAGUGGCAAAUCUGUGGGGAACUAA